GCGUGGAUUUUUCUAGUAAGCGAAAAACUGGCCGAAAACUAUUAGACGACUUAUCCCAACUCGUCGUUCCUACGCGAUUUACCGGCGAUUGGGGUCCACUCCUCACCAAAUACAAAAUCCAUCUUUGAAAUUGUAACCUUCGCCGGCUGCUUGGGCAGACCCAAACAACGUUCAAUUCUAUACAUACCCGCACAAUAUAUCUAUAUAUAUCUCUAAUCUCUGUAUCUAUAUUCUAUAUAUAUCUGUGUGCAUAUGUAACUUUUAUCCUAUCUGUCUAUAUAUAGAGAUUAGAGUAUAUUUAAUUAUUAGAUUCAAUUUCAUACAGAAUUGCCAGCCUCGCUCUGAUUGGUUCUAUUAUUGCUGGAUCUCAUAUACACAUGCUAUACUUGUAUAUACAGAUCCAUUUGAUUUAAGAUUCAGCUUCUUCAUCUCUUUUCCAGCUCUCCCAGUGAUUUAUCUUUUAGGUUCAGAUUUUUACUGAACUCUUACUCAAUUCACUGCUUGAGGCCUGACUUAGGCGGAUAGGUCAGGGAUACUAAUCACAUUUUCUACUUGAGGCGAGCUUCUGAAAGUAUCUCAUUUUUUUGGGAGGUAACCUCUGAUGCGUUGUUACUAGAUGAAGACAGCUCAGGCAUGGCGUUUAGGCACGAAAGACGUGCAAAUAUUGCCUCCGCCUCGCCACCGCAAUCAUUUAAAGAAGCCCACGUGGAUUAUCGUGUUGGUUUCUUUAGUUAGUUUGUUCUUAGUUUGUGCUUAUGUGUAUCCACCUCAUAAUUCUGCUGGCUGCUAUGCUUUCUCAUCUCAUGGUUGCAAGGCAAUGCAAAAUUGGCUUCCACCCGCUCCCUCAAGAGAACUCACCGAUGAUGAAAUUGCUUCUCGUGUUGUAAUUAGGGAUGUUCUGGAUACGCCGCCUGUUAUACCUCAGACUCCCAAAAUAGCAUUCAUGUUUCUGACACCAGGUGCUUUACCUUUUGAGAAGCUGUGGGAUAAAUUUUUUCAGGGCCAUGAAGGUAAAUUCUCUGUCUAUGUUCAUGCAUCAAAAGACAAACCAGUGCAUUUCAGCCGUUACUUUUUCAAUCGGGAGAUUCGCAGUGAAAAGGUAGCAUGGGGAACAAUAUCGAUGCUAGAUGCAGAAAAACGUCUUUUAGCAAAUGCACUCAAAGAUCCUGAAAACCAGCAUUUUGUACUGCUUUCUGACAGUUGCAUACCACUUCGUAAUUUUGAAUAUGUGUACAACUAUCUCUUGUACACAAAUGUUAGCUUUGUAGACAGCUUUGAGGAUCCUGGUCCUCAUGGAAAUGGAAGGUAUUCUGACCACAUGCUACCCGAAGUUGAGAAGAAAGACUUUCGAAAGGGUGCACAGUGGUUCACAAUGAAGCGGCAGCAUGCUAUUAUAAUCAUGGCGGACAGUCUCUACUAUACAAAAUUUAGGAUUUAUUGCAAGCCAGGCAUGGAAUAUGGACGCAACUGCUAUUCUGAUGAACACUAUUUGCCUACAUUUUUCCAUAUUCUUGAUCCAGCUGGAAUUGCAAAUUGGUCCAUCACACAUGUUGAUUGGUCUGAAGGGAAGUGGCAUCCAAAAUCAUAUCGAUCAAAGGAUGUUUCCUAUGAUCUAAUAAGGAAUAUUACAUCUAUUGUCGAUAGUGUGCAUGUUACAAGCGCCAAAAGGAAGGAAAUUCAGAUUAGACCUUGCUUGUGGAAUGGAAAUCAACGGCCAUGUUACUUAUUUGCAAGGAAAUUCUUGCCUGAAACUUUAGAUAAUUUGAUGGCCAUUUUCUCCAACUAUACAUCCAUAUGAGUGGGGCGAUAGCUUCGGAGUUGAUUCUUUGGUCGAUGCAAGAGUUGCAUUCGACCCCCUUCAUUGCUAUUUCUCCUGUAGCUUCUUCUGCUGUUGUAAAGCGUGUCAUUUUAGAUAGGAUCAAGCGCUCCCCAAUAUGACUUCUCUUUUAGUGACAAGGCAAUUGACAGAAAAUGGAGGCUAUUUCAAGCCGAGCUGAAGAGACUGAAUGUUGUUUUUGGUACUGAGGACGAAGAUUUCUUGUCGAAUUUUCCCCUCGAUUUUGUGGCUGUUAAUGUUUAUAGCAAAAAAUAAAAAUAAAAUUAAAACUAGGGGGACUUACAGCAGCGCCGUAUGGUAGAUUGAUCUUUGUAGAAGUUGCUACUAUGACCUUGGCAGAAACAUUUUUUUUUUUUUUCCAUUUUUAUUGUGAGAGUAAUUUUUUAUUUUC